UUACCCAUGAAUCGGACACUUUUGGAUGAUCUAACCGGCUGAAGAAGACUUCUUUGACUAAAGGAUCGCUAGAGAAUUGUCGAGGAUGAAGUGUUGUGCGGAGGUGUGGAGGGCUUUACCGGGGACGAUCCUCUGCGCUUUCCUAUUCACCCUGCUUCUCCCGGCUAACGUUUUGACAGCUCAAGAAUUCCGAAUUCGCCCCACAAACAAGAGUGUAAUACUAGGCCAGACUACCAUUUUGCCAUGUGAAGUUGACAAUGUUGUUGGAAAAGUGCAGUGGACUCUCAAUGGAUUUGCCCUGGGUUUUAACCGGGACAUUCCUGGUUACAGGAGAUAUAAGAUGCUGGGUGAGGAAUCAGCAGGGGAGUUUGGGUUGAUGAUUUCUGAUGUUCGACUGACUGAUGACGCAGAGUUUCAGUGUCAGGUUGGACCCGCGGAUGGCCAGCCCCCUAUACUGGCCUCUGCAUACCUCACAGUACAAGUGCCCUGUGAGGCCCCGCAGAUACAGCGUUACCCCAACGGCUCUGAGGUGCAGGUGCCCCACACCCAGUCGCUUGUCCUUCUUACAUGUGUCGCCAAAAAUGGGCGACCAGCGGCGACUAUCACCUGGCUCAAGGACAAUGAGCCAAUCACAAAAUCAGGAGACAUAAACACCAAAGUAGAGAGUGCUGGGAAUAAGAAAGAGAAUGCCAUAAGCGUGCUGACAAUACGUCCAGAGUUCCACCCUGACAUGAGUGAUAUCUACUAUACCUGCCAGGCCAAGAAUGAUGCCUUAGCAGAGCCAUUGUCCACCACAGUCAAGAUGGUCAUUCAGUACCCCCCAGGCCCGCCAGAGAUCUCAGGCUAUACCAAUGGCCAGGCAAUCCGUGCAGGGGACACAUUGAAACUGGUUUGUGUCUCAAAGGGAGGUAACCCACUGGCACAGGUGAUAUGGUUUAAAAAUGAUCAAGAAGUGGACUUUUCAUACACAGGGGGGAACAACAAGGCCGUGAAUGAGCUGGCCUUCACUGUGCAGGCCACAGAUAAUGAUGCUGUGUACAAGUGUGAGGCCUCCAAUGUCAUCCCUUCCCCAAGACCCCUUACAGCAUCCUACAAACUCAUUGUGCACUUCGCUCCAACAAAAGUUGAGAUAAGUGGUCAGAAGCUUGCCAAGGCAGGUGAAGAGGUAACGUUGAGUUGUGUGACCACAAACAGUAAUCCAGCUGCUGUGGUCACCUGGUUUGCUAAGGGGAAGCAACUGCAGCUGCCGAAGUCGGCGACGCGUGUGGAGCCUUCUCCUGAUGGGGGUUACAUCACCCACUCUGAUGUCACUGUCCAGCUGACAGACCAGGAAAACAACGUCAUCUACUCAUGUCAGGCCACGAACAGUGUAUUAGGUCUGACUGUGACGGAUGCAGUCACCCUCAGCGUUCUCUACCCGCCCAAUCCACCCAUCAUCCCAGACUACACAUCUGCCUCGGCCGCCAUUGCUGGAGAGCUCAAGAGAAUGAGUUGUACCUCAGUGGGUGGCAACCCUCCCGCUACUCUCAAGUGGUUUAAAGGUGAUACACCUCUGGAUUCGGAGGUAAAGAAGGUGGGCACCAUCGUGACGGCGGAUGUAGCUGUGGUGCUGAAGCCGGAUGAUAAUGGUGCUGUCUACAAAUGUCAAGCCUCAAACGAAGCUACCACUGAGCCACUAGAAACAAGCAUCACUUUAAAAGUUUACUAUCCUCCGGAGACUGUCAACAUCACAGCAGCCCCGUCCGACCCGAGAGUUGGCCAAAAGAUGAAUUUAACCUGCGUCUCGUCGCCUAGCAACCCAGCCGCUGUCAUCACCUGGAUUAAAGAUGGCUACCAGAUAGAUGGGAAUGACGGAGGACAGACGGAUACAAAAUGGGGUGGGAAGAUAACAACCAACCGUCUAGAAAUCGUCCCUACUUCAGAUGACCAUGAACAGGUUUACGGUUGCCGAGCAACUAACCAAGUCCUUGACCAAUCAGUGAAUGAUGCUGUAACUUUAGAUAUUUUGUUCAAACCAGAAUUUGACAUGGAAGUGUCACCCGCAAUCAUCCUUAUUGUGGAAGGUGAGAGUAAAGUGGUGAACUAUACAGUAAAGGCCAAUCCGACGGAGGUAACGUAUUAUCUGCAGCGAGAUGGGAUACGGCUCAGUCUAGAGGAUGACUUACCUCGCUUCUCCAUCAACGCUGGACUCUUGUCUAUCGAGGAAGUGGAGAAGGGAGAUUCUGGGCUCUAUACUCUGGAGGCUGAGAAUGCUGAGGGGUCCACACUGCUUAACAUCACAGUUGACGUUCAGUUCCCAGCCACCAUUUCAAGCAUCUCCACCCCAGUAUUCAAACAGGAGGGAGAAGUGGCGUUCUUUGAAUGCGUGGCUGAGGCCAACCCCCUUCCUCCAGACUCUGUCACCUGGACGAGAGAGAAUUAUGAACCAUUCGCCUCAAAAACCAAGCAGGAGUAUAAGAAUGGGCGCUCUGUGCUGACUGUGUAUGACCUGGAGAGGACGGAUACUGGAGCGUUUACCUGUACAGCCUUUAAUGGGAUCGGUGAAUCCGUCACUGAGCUGGCACAUUUGAUUGUCAAAUUUUCUCCGGUAAUUGACAAAUCCAGAGAAUAUGGCAAAUCUGCUAGUGAUAAGGGUGCCACGGGCCGUCUGCUGUGUAAAGCCCAGGGAGCACCAAAUAUUACAUUCACCUGGAUGAAGGGUGAGGAAGUUAUCAACACUGCUGGACCAAAGUAUGGGGUUGAGUCGAAACCACAAGAAAUGUACAGCAUAGACUAUGAAAAUGUCCUGCUGGUCAAUGAUGUGGUGAAGAAGGAUUAUGGGACAUACACAUGUAAAGCCACCAAUGACGAGGGUGAAGACUCAUUUGACAUCAUCUUAGACGGGACAAGCAAGCCUGACCCGCCAUACAACAUACGCUUUGUGAAUGCCACGCACAACUCUGUGACAAUUGCGUGGACACGGGGUUUUGAUGGAGGCCUCCCACAGACGUUUAGAGUCCGGUACAAACCUACAGGCGAUGAAGGUUACACUUAUGUUGAUGUUAAACCCAAUAACAUCACAGUCUACACAGUUACAGGGUUAAAACUCGGGACACAUUAUGAGCUUACAUUGCUGGCCUUCAAUGACCUUGGGGAGAGUGAAUACAAUAUAGACGGAAUUGUAGCCAAAACUUCCAGUGUUGCUCCUCCGGAGGAGACCACCACCUCAAGUUUCUCUGGUCAGGAUGAGGUACCUUUGAUCAUCAUUCUUGUCGUUUGCAUCGUCGGUGUCUUCCUCCUAGCCUUAAAUGUUGCACUUAUCCUCUACUUCAUCCGCAGAAGAAGGAAACGAUUAGAAAAUGGCAGUGACUCCACCAGCCAGACUAACACUAUAGAGCUGUAUGGGCCGAGUAAGGAGACAGCCCUUUACCCAAUGUCACCCUCAGAGGUAGAUUCAAGGAGUUACACCAGCUACGACAAAACUAUAGAUGACUUUUCAGAUGACCUCAAUAAGUCCUAUGACUGCUCGUUACAGGACGAUGAUGUCAAACGUGUGUUUUUACCUCCCCAUGAUUACUCUGGUCGGCCAUACACGCCGUCACGACAUGACUCGCCGCGACUGUCUCAUCAGCGGAAAUACCCCUCGUCUCAGACCACUUACCUGGACGACAGUGACAGGAAGUCACCAUGGAGAUCUGAAGAUCGUAACACAUACAGAUCAGCAACACCAGUUAGAAAAGGCAAUAGCACGUUUGAUGGCCCGCCACGGGGAGAGAUUCCAUAUAAUGACCAGAUCCGACAUAAGAGUCGGUCUGGGAUUGUGUACGACCCUGCUGGCAAUGUGAUUGGUCGAGAAGACACCAGGCCCAAGGUAGGACCAUGGGUCCUGAAUGCAAAUAGCCUAAAUGUAGAUGCUGACCGGCCAGCCAGUAGGAACUCCAGUAAAAAUCCCCCUCCCCCACCCAUACGUUCUUCAAGUCGUGGGGCCGCGGAUAUCCCCCCAGUCCCCGCACGGAACUACUCCCCACAGGAGAUGCCCCCACGCUAUGGCCCCCCUCCAGGAAGCCUGGUGAACUCGAUGUCAAACCCGACGUAUGAAGGUCCGAAUCCCCAAAGAAGUACAAGUCCGCGAGGAAAAGUGGAUGUGAGGGGACAUCUGGUGUAGUUAAGAUAGACGAUGACUUUGCCAAUGUUAGUUGGGAGGAUGUGUAUUGGACAAGAUCUAAACACUGACUGUGAACAGCUGUACCAGAUAGACAGUGGCUGUGCCAAUGUCAGAUUGGAAGGCUGUGUAUGGGACAAGACCUAAACACUGACUGUGAACAGCUGUACCAUAUAGACAAUGGCUGUGCCGAUACCAGAUUAGAAGGAUGUGAAUGAGACUGGAUCUAAGCACUGACUGUGAAGAGCUGCACCAUAUAGACAAUGACUGUGCCAAUGCCAAAUUGUGAGGAUGUGUGUGGGACUCGAUCAAAACACUGACACUGAACAGCUGUAUCAUAUAUAGACAAUGGCUGUGCUGAUGCCAGAUUAGCAGGAUGUGUGUAGGAUGUAGACAGUGGGAGCAGCUGUGAUCUGUGUACAGUAUCUAGAGUGUUGAUGUGGGACAUACAGGGUCCCAGUCUGUGCAGUGAUGUGACUGGGUUUAGAUCAGCUGUCAGAAAUAACUCCCUCUUCUUCCCAAGGGUCUAGUGUAUAUGUUGGGGUGAGGAGCUGAUGGUGACCCCUCUGGCCAAGAGCUGCCCACAGCAGUGAAGAGCGGAUUUCCUAUAGACAUUAGGUGAAAAGAUUCAGGAUUGAUAAUCCUAUUUCAAAAAGUGAGGGCGAAAGUACAUUUGGCACGUAUUAGCCUCUGCCAUGAGGAUGGAGAAUUCAGGGGGGUGUAGCUAUGCGCCUGACCUGUGUCACAGGGAUGGGCUGUGUUGUGCCUAACACUUCAUUGCACCUGUUUGUCUGAGAUACCAGAGACUGGCCUGCAAUACUGUGUUGAUGUGAUGGGGGCCUAGAAGUUGGCAUAGAGAACUUUGCUGAGCCAAGUGUCAUAAGUAGUCGCUGUUUGUUUACAACUGUAGGCAGCUAGCAAACUGUAAACAGGAGGCAAAACAAACUUUUACUGGGUCACAUAUAAUAAUAUUUUGGUGCUGAUAAACUGAAGGACUGCUCUGCUGUAGAAUCCAGAAAACCUUCUGGUCCUUUCUACAAUCCUUCUUUGUAUUUCUCUACUCCUGUGGCAUAAUUUUGCUUGGUAGAAUACUAGGCAACUGUGUUGAUGUGGACACUGGACUGUUAUGUCUAGGGCAUCCUGAUGUCGUGUCAGUUUUGAUAAAAUGCAUAAGGUUCAUAUUGAUAUGACUGUAGUUCCACUUAGAAUCGGCUCUAUACUGAGUUCUUCUAGAAGCCGUCUACAUGUGCAGGUACUGUUUGUUGACUUAAGCAUGUGGCUUCAGUCCCCAUUGAAUUGCCAGCAGUAGUUUGUUUGUGUUCAUUUGCCAGUUAAAAUGUUGUUUAAUUUGAAAAGAACAGUCAGGUUUGUGAUCACCUGCCAUGUUGGAAUAUUAUGUAUUAUAACUAUUAUAUAAUAUAUAUAGCAUGCACGUACAUGUAUAUGAAGCAUAUCAAAAGACAAGUAAAAAUCUCCUGUUGUGGUAUAAACUAUUGAAUGCUUUUCAGUUUAAGCUAUAAGAGGACAGUGGGUAUGUGCAGCCUAUUGAUACCUAUUGGGUCCCAGAGUAUGGCAAUCAUAUCUGUAUAGAAGUCUGUGCAGUAAGAAGUCUCAGAUUGUGACUGGUGUCUGGUUUACAUUAUCCCAGCAUUGAAGAAGAAGGUGUUUUUAGGAGUUUGCAGAUUUGGGGGACAAGAUGGUGGUCUGGAUGCAGCAUUUCUUUUAGAGUCAUUCUAUACAUUGGAAUCAUAAAUCAGCUUAUAUUGCAUCAUGACAAUCUCAUAUCUCAGUUGCAUCACCAAAAGUAACCAGUUCUUGCCACCAUUCUCAUUAAGUAAAGGCCCAGUUGCACAAAAGCUACUUAUGACCUACUGGUGUGUGGUUCGCUGUGAUCUUUUCUUUGUUGUCAGUAAUGGCUGAUUUACACAGAUUGAAAUUGACGAAAGUUUAUAUAUGAUUGUUUGCACUGUCCAUUCAAUGCUGAGCUGACUAAUUGGAAUUGAUAACUAUCCAUAUUUUCAGAUUCAUCAAAAUGUACCAAGAUCCUGCACUACUUAAUUGUUGCAGCCUCAAUCCAGGAUUGUGACAGUCCUCAACAAUUUUUGGUUUGCAGGCUGUCCUAACUACUCGUAAGUGUAUGUGCGAGCCUUAAAGUGGCAACUGAUCAUAGGUUUUUGAUACAGUGUGAACCUGACAAGUAUAAUGGAGAAGUGACUCCCAGGAUUGUGUUUAGUUUGGAAUUGGUUUGAGAUGGAUCUGAAACAUUUUGGCCAUGAAAUCGGUGAU